AUGUCUCGAGGAAGCAGUGCAGGUUUCGAUCGACACAUCACUAUAUUUUCACCUGAGGGCCGCGUUUAUCAAGUUGAAUAUGCCUUCAAAGCGAUCAACUCAACAAAUCUGACGGCUGUGGCUGUCAAAGGUAUUGACUCGGCAGUUAUCGCGGUCCAGAAACGAGUUCCUGACAAACUAAUUGUUGCCGAUUCAGUGACUAGUGUCUAUCAACUGACACCGACGAUUGGCUGUGCGAUGGUUGGAAUGAUACCCGAUAGUAAAUUCCAAGUAAAACGUGCACAAGCCGAAGCGGCACAGUGGAAGUACGAAAAUGGUUACAAUAUGUCAGUGGAAGAUCUGAGUAGACGUAUGGCUGACCUCAAUCAAUAUUACACACAAAACGCUGAACUUAGAUCGCUGGGAUGUGUUAUGUUGUUGAUCUCAUACGAUGAUGAGGAUGGACCGGAAAUCUUCCGAGUCGAUCCGGCUGGUUAUUAUCGUGGUAUGCGUGGUGUUGGUGUUGGGGUUAAACAGCAACCGGCGAAUAGCUUCUUGGAGAAGAAACUCAAAAAGAAGACUGAUUUCGAUUAUAAUGGCACUGUUCAGCAAGAAGGAAAAGAAGCCUUUAAUGUGAGGAGAUUCUUUCUUCUGGAUGGAGGUUAUUUAUUGUUUGGAAUAGAUUGA